AAGGAACCACGCAAUCGGGAUCUCAGAAAUAGCACUCGGGGUUUCGUUUAUAAAGGGGACGAAAAGACAGUUUCUGUCGUUCCUCAUUCUUCCCUGAUUUCCAUCCAUCCCUCGUCCUUCAAGUUUUUCUAUCGUCAAACACCAGCGAUGUCAGACAAGCGCCAAAACAUCGUCAUCGUAGGUGGUGGCCCCGGUGGUUCCUCAGCCGCCAGAGCAAUCAGCACUUCGAAAAAGUUCAACGGCUCAACGCACCGCGUCAUCCUCAUCACCGCACGUCCCUACUUCACGCACCUCCCCGCCAUGAUCCGCACGACGGUCACCUCUGAAGGGUCCAUCGAGAAGCUCGCCCUGAUGAACUACGGCGACUUCAUCCCUCCCGACAAGGGCGAAGUCAAGGUCGGGAAGGUCGUCAAGAUCACGGAGGACGGCAAGGACCAGGGUGGUUCUGUGACUUUGGAGUCUGGGGAGGUUGUGCGGUAUAGCAUUUUGGUGCUGGCGACGGGCAACAAGUGGAAUGGAGCGCUGGAUAUGCCGGAUGAUCCCAAGGAGAUGCAGGCCAACUUUGAUUCGUGGAGAGCUAAAUUCGCGAAAGCGAAGAAUAUCGUGUUGGUUGGUGGGGGUUCUGUUGGUCUCGAGUACGCAGGAGAACUGCGAGAUUUCUACCCCGAUGCCAAGGUUACGAUUGUGCAUUCGCAGAAGCAGGUCCUCAACGACGCGUACCCGGAUAAAUUCCGCAAGGCCGUGUUGGCGCGUUUCCAGAAGGAGGGCGUGGAGAUUGUGCUUGAGGAUGCCGUCGACCAGACCGAGCCUGUGGAUGGCAAGAUUACAACACGCAAGGGCAAGUCUAUCCCAGCUGACCUCGUGCUCCCAGCAUGGGGCGGACGACCCAACACUGCGUUCAUCAAAGAGUCCUUAGGCGACGACGUCCUCACGUCCUCUGGGCACGUUAAGGUUCAGCCUACCCUCCAGCUCCCAGGACACGCCAGGAUCUUCGCCGUGGGUGAUAUCAUCGACUGGAACGAGCAGAAGCAGGCUGCCAAAGCCCCUGCGCACGGCGCCAUCGUCGCUGCCAACAUUGUCACCCUCGUUUCUGGAUCGGGGGCUCUGACAGAGUACAAAGGCUCCUCUGAGAUAAUUCUUGUGACUGCUGGAAGGAAUGGUGGGAUCGCUUAUCUCGGAAUCCUUUGGGGAAUUGUGUUGGGCGAUUGGUUUGCGAGGAUGCUCAAGUCCAAGGGUCUCGUGAUUGAGAUGUCGAGAGGGCAGUAUGGGUUCCCUGCUUACAAGGCUUCUGCCUAAACUUCGACCUUUCUCCAAGUUCUCUCUCUCUCUCUCCCACACGCACCCUCUUUUUCGCUGGAUAUCUGAUACCUUUCUCAUGGAUCUAUACCCUAUCUCCAUCCCAAUGCUUUUUUUGACUCGACUCGUGGAAUGCACGCGCCGUCCUCAUGUUCAUUGUUCAUAUGACCCCUUCCUUUGCUUUCAUCUAGGUAGAACGAUUCGGUUCGGACACGACUUUGUUCUUUUCAUGAAACUUACGCAUGCAUGCCUUAUGGUAUAGACUCACUCGUGUAACUAAUACUGUGUAGAAUGGAAGGUCUGUUUUCUCUUUUGCUUA